AUGGAUGUGGAUCUUGAGGUGAUACCAGAGGAGGAGCCAGAAGAAGAGGCCCCAUAUGAAGGGCCCGAAGAAGACCCAGGGAUAGGACCAAAGGACGCACCCAAGGGCGAGCCAGAAUAUGACCCAGAGUACGACCUCGAGUUUGUGCCAGAGGAUGAGUCGGAUGAGGAGCCAGUUGAAGAGCAGCGAGAUAACGUUCCAGCAGAGUCGGGGAUAGAUGAGUUUGGUCCCGUCCGUGGCUUCGAUGUCCCCUUCGGUGGAGUUAGGGAUUGGGAUCCAUCAGCUAUACCCCCUCCUAAUAGGGAGAUGACUAGUUUGGAGACUAGUCUAGCGCAGUCCGGACUUCAACCUGCGCCUGCAGCACCUAAGCAUGCAGCACCUGAGCCCUCAGGGGCCGAGCAUGAUCUGGAUCCGGAAGAAUCUCAGGCGGGAUAUGAUCCCAUGGAUGUGGAUCUUGAGGUGAUACCAGAGGAGGAGCCAGAAGAAGAGGCCCCAUAUGAAGAGCCCAAAAAAGACCCAGAGAUGAGGCCAGAGGACGCACCCGAGGGAGAGCCAGAGUAUGAGCCAGAGUACUACCCCGAGUUUAUGCCAAAGGACAAGUCGGAUGAGGAGCCAGUUAAAGAGCAGCAAGAUGAGGUUCCAGCGAAGUCGGGUGAUAUAAAUAACCUGAUUGAGAUCGAGGCCGAGCUGGAGUCCUCAAAGGAGCAGACAGUUCAGGGGGAUUCAGAUUCAAAUGUUGAAGAAUCAGACUCAGUGUGGACGCCAUCUAAAGGGCGUAGGGGCUAG